AUCCUUGCCCAUAUCCACAGAAACAAAGGUAAUAGAGACAGAGAACGAUGGAAGGGACUAUUCCAGUGAUUGAUCUAGAGAAGAUUUCAGACCCAGAUGAAAGCAAGAAGCUAAGAGAGGCAUGUGAAAAAUGGGGUUGCUUUAGGAUCAUCAACCACUCUAUUUCCACAACCCUCAUGGCGGAUAUGAAGGAGGUGAUUGCAGCUUUGUUCGAUCGUCCUACGGAGAUGAAAAAUUGCAACUCAGCAGUGAUUGCUGGAAGUGGUUACAUGGCACCAAGUGCAGUCAACCCUCUCUAUGAGGCCUUGUCCAUCUAUGAUUUUUGUUCCUCUCAAGCUAUGAACAAUUUCUGCUCUCAACUUGAUGUCUCACCCCACCAGAGGCAAAUAGUGGAAGCAUAUGGCCAAGCAAUUCAUGGUUUAACAGUGAAAAUAGGACAAAAGAUGGCUGAAUCUGUGGGCGUAGUGGAUGCUGAUUUUGAGGAUUGGAUAUGCCAAUUCAGAAUUAACAAUUAUCACUUCACCCCAGAAGCUGUAGGGUCCUCUGGAGUUCAAAUUCACACAGAUUCAAGCUUCCUAACAGUUCUUCAAGAUGAUGAAAAUGUUGGUGGUCUUGAAGUCAUGCACAUUUCUGGCUCCUUUGUACCUGUCCCUCCAUUACCUACCACCCUCCUUGUCAAUCUUGGUGACAUUGGCCAUGUAUGGAGUAACGGAAGGUUUCGCAAUGUGGAGCACCGUGUAAUAUGCAAGGAAGCAAGGAAGCGUUUAUCAAUUGCUACAUUUAUGUUAGGACCAAGGAAUGGGAAUGUUGAGGCUCCAGCAGAAUUGGUGAGCCAUGAUCAUCCACGUCUUCAUCAACCUUUUGUUUAUGAAGAUUAUAGAAAGGCUAGAGUCUCCAACAAGAUGCACUCUGGUCAAGCCCUUCAGCUAUUUCGCGUAGGAACUAUGACGGGGGAAUCAAUGGGCAAUGGAAAAUGAAAUUAUAAGAAUAAAGUCAACAUUAUGCAAUAUUAAAGAUCGUGUCUUGUCAACGAUUGUUUUCAUAAUGCUGAUUAAAGAAUUGAAAAUUAUCUUAAAUUGUAUUACCAUUACUAGCGGAGAGCUUCCAAUAUCAUAGCAAAGAUAUGAACCAUCGGUCCUUUUUGAUACCU